UUAUGAUUUAAGCCAGGGACAUUUUAGGGUUUGCGCCUACCAUUGGCAUUGGAUGAUGAUGGACCAUGGAAAAGUAUUAGCAGUGCAAAGGCAAGCUAGACAGGACAAUAAUAGACGCGUCUGAUCUGUAGGGCUUAGCCCUCUGCCAUUGAAGGGCGCCCAUCCACUCCAACAACACAUCUGGUGGGAAGAUUGUAAGUUGGAGGUCUAGCGACGCGGUGUUCCUUGAAACGUCCUUGCGCCUAACACCGUGAGCCUGGGGUUGCAGAUGGCUGAACCGCCACCUUUCCAGCAAGCUGCAAAUUGUGCCAUCUGUAAUUGCACAUUUGGCACGUUCAGGCGCAAGCAUCACUGCCGCGAGUGUGGUCGAACAGUCUGCGCGGAGCAUGGGAGCAAAAGUAAAGCUGUACCUCAGUUCAAUUUGAACACCCCAGUCCGUGUCUGCGAUGAGUGCUAUGACAAGAAAAGUGUCAGCCCGUCCUCUGCCAAUGGGGCCCAGCCUGUGGGGGAUGCCCCCCGGUGGAGCGCCACCAGCAGCCAGGCAGACGGGGAUGCAGACUCGCUGGCCGCCACCCUGGCGGAGGCGCGACUAGCCUCGUCCAUGCCUCCCGCUGCCGCCCCGGUGGUUGACUGCACAUGCGGCAUGCCCCUCUGCAUCUGCGAAGCACCGCCAAAGGAGGAGGCACCCUCUGGGCCCUCUCCGUCAUACCCGAGUCCUCCCGUCCAGCGCUCCCCCAGGGUCGCCAAAGCUGCACCCCAGACGACUAAGCCGGCCCCUGCCUCCGGGAACGAGAUGCCCAGUCUUUUCUUCCAAUCGACCAACGGCGGGACACCGGAACCAUCAUCCAAGCCAGUGUACGAAGAGUCAGGGGAGGGCUUGCGCGAGGCUGUAAAAAGAGGGGACGCGUCUGGAGUCAGAAGCCUACUCGCAAAGGGUGUGGAGCCGUCGUACGUGGACCGGCAGGGCAUGUCGCUCCUCCACCUGGCAGCCAUGUUCAACCAGACGGACAUUGCAUUCAUGCUGAUUGACGCAGGCGCAAGCGUAUCUGCCAAGAACGGGCAAGGCGAGACACCCCUUGAUUGCGCACCGGCUACCUUGUCCAACAAGAUCAAAGAGAAGCUUAGAAGAAGCUGAUUGGAUCGACUGAUUUCGCGAGUUGGAUGAAUUGUACUGUAUCUUUGGAAGGUGUACAUUAAGAGCCGAUAUAGCCUUUAGUCAUGGAACUGGUUGUACGUACUGUAUGGUUAAGAUGGCCUUUCCUAGACUUGAAAUUGGUCGAUGAUCCCGCUCUUUUUCCUUGAAUGGUCGAAAGCUGUUGCACAAGACACGUUGGGAACGUGUCUAUACCAUCUGGCACGUCUACCUGGUAGUUUGCAAGUAAACGAGGCUUGAGCAUGGUAAAGUCGCACGAUUUUUGGCGAAAGGCGAG